AUGAUAGACAAAUAUACACAGUGACUUAGCACAUACGUGCGUCCUAUAAAUAGGCUGGGAAGAUGAUAUAAUGACUCCAACUAUAUAGGCAAGCUAGCUUCAAUUCGUGCAUCUUUGGGAAAAUAUAUUGAACUAAGCUAAUUUAUAGAUAAGCUAGCUCGGGAAGAUGACGAGUGAACUUGUGCAAGUGCAACCAAAAGGAAAGGUGAUAAGCAUUCUGGCCAUAGAUGGGGGCGGCGUUAGGGGAAUUAUUCCAGGCACUAUUCUUGCUUUUCUUGAAGCUCAGCUGCAGAAAUUUGAGGGGAACCCAAAUGCGAGGAUAGCAGACUACUUUGAUGUGAUAGCAGGAACCAGCACCGGCGGGCUUGUGACGGCAAUGCUGACCACUCCUGGAGAUAAUGGCCUCCCUCUCUUUGCCGCAGCUGAUAUUCCCCCCUUUUACAUGAAAGAGUGUCCUAACAUCUUCAAAAAAGAAUCCAAAAUCAAAACUGCCAGCACCCAAAGCCUGGUUACUUCCUUGCUCACCACAAACGUUGCUGAUGUUACUGCUGCUGUGGAAAACCCCAACUUUGAGUUGCCCCAGUUCUCAGAAGAAGAUAUCCCUGACUUUUACAAGCAGUGCCUCCCUCAUUCAGCCCCGCCGCCGCUUCAAACGCCCAUAGCGAAUGCCCAUAUGAUAAGUAAUUUGAAUUUGUUUGCAUUUUCGGAUAUUUGGGCUUGGUUUAAGAAACUAGGGUCUAGUGUGUGGUAUGUCAUCGAGUUCAUUGAGAAGAUGGGUUUUCGUCCAAUGUAUGAUGGUGCUUACUUGCAUGUCAAGAUCAAAGAAAUGGUUAAAGACAUCAAGCUUAAUCAAACUCUCACUAACGUUGUCAUCCCGACUUACGAUGUUCAUCGCUUGAAACCAGUCAUCUUCUCCUCUUUUCAGGCAAGGAAGGAGGCUUCAAAGAACCCAAAACUCGCAGAUGUAUGCAUUGCCACGUCGGCAGCACCGAUUUACUUACCUCCACAUAGAUUUGAGUUGCAAUCAUCUCAAGGGACUGAGAAGUUCAACCUCGUUGAUGGCGGAGUUGCCGCCAACAAUCCGGUUCUGGUGGCAAUAUUGGAAGCAGCAAAAGCUUAUAAUGUCCGGCCACUGCCGGAAAAUUUCAGGAUCCUGUCAUUGGGGACGGGAUCAUGCACAGGCACUCAAAUGGCUGAAGUGGGCGACCCCACUAGUUGGGGCGUGGUCAGGUGGUUGCUGUUUCCGAACAACACCCCUCGUAUCACCGACGUUUUCAUGGGCGGCAAUGAGAGCAUGGUGGACGCCUACACCUCUCUGCUUUUCAGCGGCGGAGCCACUUCCGGCGGCCCCGACAAUUUCCUCAGAAUCCAAUACCAAGGAAUGAAGUACGAUGAAUGUCUGGUUGAUGACUCUAGCAAAGCCUAUCUACAAAAAUUGGAACAGUAUGCAAAUGAUCUGCUUAAGGAUCCUGUUUCUGGUCCGACCACUUCCAACGCUCUUGAGCUCACAAAUGAAGAGGCUCUCAUUUCGUUUGCUCAAAACUUGGUGAGAGACAAGAAGCAUUGAUGAUUGUGGUAAUUAAGAAUAAGGAAGGGCCUAGUUGAGUGACGAUGCAAACUUCAUUCCAUGCAGGCACUUUCCAAAAUAAUAUAUCAUCUGAUCUUACUUAGUGUGUCAUUUUCAGUAAUACUCCGUAAUAAUGUUGUAACAAGACGUAUGAAAAUAAAUGUAUUGGAUCGAUCAUUAUCAGCCAUUCCAGUAUGUAUAACUACACUACUACUACUACUAGUGUGGUGCUAGGCUGGUCAUCCAUAUGAUGUGUGUCUUCAUCCUAAUAAUGAAAUCUUGGUGUGAGAUAUACUCCGAUCCGUAUAACCUUAUAUCCAUAAUCCUUACUAGCAGUAUUUUGUUUCGACACAUUUUAAUUCUAUUCAUACUUUAUAAAUUCAAUAUAAAUCAAGCACCAAUUAUUAUCUUGAUAAUUGUAACACUUCCUCACGUUCAAUAUGAUGUGUGUCUUCAUCCUAAUUAAUAAUGAAAUCUUGGUGUGAGAUAUACUCCGAUCCGUAUAUAAUACGGAGUAUAUUCUUUCUUUUCUUUUGCCAAUUUGUCUAAUGCUAGACUAUUCCUCAUAACCUUAUAUAUAUCCAUAAUCCUUACUAGCAGUAUUUUGUUUCGGGACAAAUUUUAAUUCUAUUCAUACUUUAUAAAUUCAAUAUAAAUCAAGCACCAAUUAUCUUGAUAAUUGUAACACUUCCUCACGUUCAAAAGUAAAAUUAACUGAUGGAGGGAGCAGAAGAUGUUGGUUUUAGGUUAGGGUUGUAAUAGACAAAACGUUUUCCCAACUCCCAAGCACUUUGACAUUCAUGUUAUUUCCAUGUUUAUGUUUGUGUUUUUGAUUAGUUUUGAGUGAUUGUUACUCUAGAAAUUACACACUUUUGGUGUAAUAGUUUAGUUUGUAAAAUGUUUGUAAAUUGUUUAGAUUAGGUUUGUUCUGAGCUCAAACAGGUCCAAG